AUGUCGGAAGGAGUCAGGGCCAUGAACAAGCUUGAGGCUUUAGUGAGAAAAGUGGGAGGGCGACAACUGACAGAAUUGGUUCGAGAUGCGCGUCGUUUUAUUCUUUCUCACAAGCGGGCGAUCGAAAUUGCUCCAUUGCAGGCUUAUGCGUCCGCACUCGUGUUCAGUCCUGAACACAGUCUCACCAGAGAGCUCUUUAAGAAGGAGGAGCCGGAUUGGAUGGUGUCGAAGCCAAGAAUGGAGGCAGCUUGGAACGCUUGCCUGCAGACCCUCGAGGGCCAUGGCGAUUCGGUGACGUCGGUGGUGUUCUCAGCAGAUGGCCAGCGUCUUGCAUCUGGCUCAUAUGAUGAGACAGUCAAGAUCUGGGACGCAGCCACGGGCGUAUGCGAGCAGACGCUCGAGGGCCAUGGCGAUUGGGUGUGGUCGGUGGUGUUCUCGGCAGAUGGCCAGCGUCUUGCAUCUGGCUCAGAUGAUAAGACAGUCAAGAUCUGGGACGCGGCCACGGGCGCAUGCGAUCAAACGCUUAACGUUGGGAGACUAUUAUAUCACCUUUCAUUUGAUCCAACGUCAAAUGCUCUCCUCUCUACCGAUAUUGGACUUCUAAAUCUGGAUCGCCCGGCUCUGCCGCCUGUCAUAAAUGAUCGGUCGACUGAGAUAACAUUACCGCGUGUUAGCCAUUCUGGAUGGGGUAUAAGCGCGGAUGGCGAAUGGAUUGUUGAAGAUGGAAAGAAGAUGCUUUGGCUGCCUCCGGACUAUCGAGGGGGCAGGCCCGCUAUUGAUAGAUCAACUGUCGCUAUCGGCUGUCGAUCAGGUCGUGUGCUAGUGAUGAAGUUCUCUUAA